GGCUACCUUCUUCCAGUCUAUUACUGCUUUCUUGUAAACCAUGCAUCCUUGUGAGCUAGACAACUUUCGACCUUUCCGAUGCAGCACCGACGCCGCUUCGGUAAUAGGUGCCAGUUAUAGGCAGCUAUAGGUAGGGAACAUCUGAGUCUCGGUAGCCGUCCCUUUUCAAGCUUAUGAGCACAACGUCGCUACCUGGCGCUACCUUUUCGGCCAGAACUUCCCUUUUCUUUUGCUCGGUGCCAGUUUGAUUUGGAGACACCUAUCUAAGACAUCCAUUAUUUGAAGCUGCAAAGCUCAGAGGGUCUGACAUUUUGUUCGGUAACUGGCAGGCAACGCCUAGGAAUGGCUGAUGAAGUGCCGGAGGGCUCUUUCGCGCCCUGGCCCAAGAACGCAGCGGGACAAGGUGCAGCUGAAGGCAACGCUAAAACGCACCUUUCAUCGCAAAGCAUCGAUGGUGGAGACAUGGACGAUUUUAUAGAGGGAGAUAUCGGCAACGACCCAAAUGUCGACAUGGCCUUUUCUGAUAUUGGCGACCUAAUCGGGGAGCUUCAGUCGAUGCUCUCGGGUUCCGCACAACGGGCUCCCCCAAGGCCUAUAGAGGUAGUUCCAGUUGGAGGUGCACGAUGGCGAGAGGUACAAUCCCGUCGUUCGCUUGAGAUGACGUCCGCGCAAGAGGUCGCCGAGCUGCAAUCUGCGCUGGCCGUUUCGAGCGGUGCUCUGCGUGCCUCCCAGCAGCAGCUGCAGGCGCUGAGCGGGCGCGUGGAGGAGCUGCAGGGGCAGCUGGAGGUGGAGUGCGGCCGCAUGCACGAACUGCACGAGCAGGCGGUCAAGGUGUUGCAGGAUCGCAUCCGCUCCCAGCAAGCGGCUGCAGACGCUGCGGCGGCAGCAGCCGCAGCUCGCGAGGCGGCGCUAGGGGAGCAGCUGAGAUCCGCCACUGCCUCCGCCGAGGAGUGGCGCAUGCUGGCGGAGCGGGCUGCUGCCGCCAGCGCCGCUGCCGCUGUCGCCACCCCGCCUUUCUCCUCCGCAGCCGCCGUGGCGGCGUCUGCAGAGGCCGCUGAGCUCCGUCGCUCCGUGCGCGCUGCGCAGGCGGAGGCGCAGGCGCAGUCCGCGGCCAACGCGUGCCUGCGUGCCGCCCUGGCGGAGGCGCAGGUGCAGACGACGGCCAUGGCUGCGACCAACAGGGCGAAUACGGCUUUGAUAGGUCAGCUGCAGGCGCAGCUGGCAGCGCAGGAGGUGUUACUUGCGUCGGCUGUCGCGACCAGUGAAAAGCUGGCGGUGGGUGCGAGCUGCUCUCGCGUGUUCCGGGCUGUGCUCGAGGCUGCAGCUGAGGAGGAUGUGCGCAAGGCCGUGGCGGCUGUUGCAGCUGCUGAGAGGCGCGAAGAGGAGCUAGCGGUGAAGGCCCUGUGCGCGAGGGUGUUUCGUGCCGUCGAGAGGGCGGCAGCUGCGACGACAGACGCCGCUACUGCCGCCGCCAACGGGCGGUUGCUGCUGGAGGCUGAGGCGAGGGCUGCGGCCAGCCAGUCCCUCUUGCGUGCUGCGGAGGAGCGGUGGGAGCUGGAGCGGGCGGGGCUGGCAUCGCAGCUGGCGGACCUCCAGACGGCUGCAGAGGCGCAGCAAGCCACUCACGCCGUCGCGCUGGUCUCCCUGGAGCAGGAGCAGGCGGCGUUGCGGCAGCAGAUGGCGGCGGCUCUUGAGCAGGUGGACCGCGCGCUGGCGGAUGCGGCAGCGGCGGAGCAGCGGAGCCGCGUCUGCAGCUCCGAGGCUGCGGUGGCCCUGACGGAGGCGGCUGCGCAGGUGCACGCUGCGGUGGCGACCGCGGAGGCGGCGGAGCAGCACCGCAGCAGCUGUGCUGCCGCUGCGACGGCGGCGCUGGCGGAUGCCGCUGCCGGCUGGCAGGCGUCUCUUCGCGCCGAGGCGGUGCUUCGGCAGCAGGUGUUUGACUUGGCGGAGCGGCUGGGGCAGACCCGGUCGCGAAUGCGGGCGGAGGCGGAACGUGCGCUGCAGACGUUGCGGGCUGAGCGGGCAAUGGAGCAGUCCCGGAGGAGCGCGUUGGAGGCAGCGCUGGCGGAGGAGGCUGCGAAGGCGCUGUGUUGCCGGAUCUUCCGGACAGUGGAGCGCUCUGUUGCCGAGGAGGCGCUGGCUGCGGCUUAUGAGCGAGAGGCGGAACUGGCAGCCAAGGCGGUGUCUGCACGAGUGCUGCGGGCCGUGGAGCGUUCAGCGUUGCAGGCAGAGGCCUCGAGGAGUUACGAGGACCUGACGGCGCGGGUAUCUGCAGGGGAGGAGGCGGUACGGCAGCUAGAGAAGAUGCUCGAGGCGUCCCAGGCUGCUUGCAUGGUGGUCGAAUCCCAGCGCGCUGCAGCUGAGGUCAGGAUAGCAGAGCUCGGCCGGGAGGUAGAGGACUUGGGUGCUCAGCUGGCGGCGUCCGAAGCCGCGGCCUCGCAGCUGCGCAGCCAGCUGGCGGUCGUGAUGGAGAGCGGUUUGCAGCAGGCGGAGCUGCAGUCGGCAAAGGCAACUGCGGACUGCGCUGACAUGCAGGAGCAGCUGUCACUGUCACGCUCUGUGCAUGAGCAGCUGCACGCUCGUCUGGUCGGACUUGAGGUGGAGAUGCAGAGCAUGGCGGAGAAGGUGGCGGCGGCGGACGCGGUGGUCGCUGCUGCUGCUGAGGCGGCUGCUGCUGACGUGGCAGCGUUGCGGGAGGAUCUGGAGUCUCAGCGUGUGUCGUACGCGGCUCAGGGCAUCACGCUGCGGGCGCUUCGGGGCGCUGAGCGCAGCGCCCUGCUGCGGGAGCUCCAGGCCGAGCGGUGCGCGCACGCUGAGACCCGCAUGCGGCUGUCUGCAAUGCUGGCGGCCCACGGGCGCAUGAGUGGUGAGGUAGAGGCGUUGCGUGUGGCGCAUGCGGAGUUGGCGGCGGAGGUGGAGCACUCGCGCCGCACCGCUGAGCGGCUGUGGCACCAGAACGCCCAGCUGCGAGGCGAGCAGGCGGCGGUGACGGCGGAGCUGCAUGCCGAGUCGGAUGCGCGGCUUGAUGCGGAGGCACGUCUGGCUGCUUCUGUAAUGGAGUUGCAGGCAGCCAGGGAGGCCCGAGAUGCUGAACGCGCGGCUUCUAAGGCAGGCUGCGCUGCUGCAGCAGCUGGCUUGGAGGCUGCAGUGCAGGCGGUGGAGGGAGCGGAGCGGCGUGCAGCUGAGGUGCGUCUGGCAGCUGCCGUUGCGGAGGAGCAGGCCGCAGGCGCGGUGGCGCGUGCGGCACUUGAGGCCCAAAUCACCGACUUGCAGCGCGCUCGGGAGGCGGAUGAGCAGCGGGGGCGCGAGCGUGCGGCGCUGCGGGCGACCCUGACCUCCCAGCUGAUGGAGCUCAGGGCGGCUGGAGAGGUGCAGCGAGCGGAACACGCUGCCGCUCUGGCCGCCCUGGAGCGGCUGCGUGGGGAGGUGGACGGCGCGCAGCAGGAGCGGCAGCGCCUGCAGCAGCAGCUGGCGGCGGUGCAAGCGCAGGCGGCGGCCGUACAGCGGGCCGCGCAGGGGCUGAACGGCGCCUUGCGGUCCUCCCAGGCGGAGCUGCAGGAGCAGCGGCAACAGGCGGUGCUGGCGCAGGCGGAGGCGGCGGCGGCUAGGCAGCAGUUGGCGGAGAUGGUGGAGGCGCAGCAGGUGGUGGUGCGGCCGGAGGCGGUGACUGCAGCGGCAGCACGGGCGCAUGAGGCCGUACGGCGGCGGGGGGAGCAAGGCGGCGGUGCAGGUGCUUUUGCUACAGCCGCCGCUGCGUUUGCGGCUGCGGCAGCUGUGGAGAACCAGGUCGCCGACGCGAGGGAGCUCAGGUCCCUUGCGGCCUGUUCUGGAUUGGGUCGGAGCUUCAGCACGGUUGAGCUGCCCUCACCUGCCGUACUUGCCGUACCCGCCAUGGACGUACAUCAGUUGGCGCUGCUGCAGAGCCGCGGCUCUUGGAGGGCGUGGGCGGUGGCGCAGAUGCAGCUCGCAUUCAUGCGCUCGGGCGGGGCCAGCGAGGUUGUUACUCAGCAUCAGCCGCAGCCUGCGCCGCAAGUGCAGCCUCUGGUGGUGGCUCGCAGCCCAAUGCCAGCGCCGUCAAUUUCGGUGGUGGACUCGGCCUCCACAUCUGCUUCAGCUGCUGCUGAAGGGGAGCACACCGAGACGGAGGCGGAAGUGCACGCCUUGGUCGGCCGUGUGUUUGCGCGCGUCUUGGCCUCUCAGCAUGGCACCACCGACACUGCAGCUUUGGAUGCGAUGGCCCUCGGCACUGCUGCUGCUGUGGAGACGGAGCCUUGCGCGGCAUCUGCAAGCCCCAUUAUCGCGGUUGCAGAUGCCCUUUGCGAGCUGCAAGCCGGUUUGGAGAAGCUCCGACAUGCAAUGGCAACGGCGCAGCUUACGGCCGCAGCGCCGACAGUAGAAGAGGAGGAGGACGAAGCCGGGGAAGAAGCGGGCCGGGUCUUGGAGCCGCAGUCUGUACCGCACUCCGCUGCCGUACGACAAGCACCCCAUGACAGCUUCUCGGCUGGGGUGUUGCGUCAUCUGGAGGCCCUUGGACGCGACUUUCUGGCGUUGACGGGCGGGCUGGAGGGGCCCGAUGCAGCAGGUGGGCCCGAUGCCAGCGGAGCGGGGGAUGCCGCUGGCGCGCAUGGCAGUAAGGGGGCGCUGACGGCGGCUCUUGACAGCGACGGCCUCCUCAUCAGCAGCACCUCUGCUGAGGUGGUGGCGGACGCAGCACUGUUGCUGCCCGGGCGCCUGGAGGCUGCUGCUGCCACCAUCACACCUCGUAGGCAGGCGCAAGGCUCCCAAGCGGGGUCGCCGCUGCCCUUCAUCGGCACUCCAGAGCUGCAAGACGCAGCAACAGCCGGUCGCCGCCGGCAGCAGCAACAACAGCCUUCCCCGGCGGCUGUUGCCGCCGCCUCGGUCCGUGUCCGCAGUGAGGGCGGGGCUGGCAGCCCGGGCAGCAGCAGCAGCAACGGCCUGGCGUCACGCCACCGCGGCGGCUCCGCUGGCGGUGGUUACGCCAGCAGGGGCGUAUGCACCGCAGCUAGGACCCUGACAGCGAGUCACAUGGCGGCGCAGGCGGAAGCCGACCGCCGGCGGCAUCUGGGCUUGCGUGCGGCGAGUGAUGCUGGCGGCCGUAUGGUGCAGCCGCGUACGACGAUGCCUGCCACACCUGAGGCGGAGGAGGUGGUUGGAGCAGGUUGCGGUACGGGCAUGACAAACUGCGCGACGACUGACAUGGGGGAGGAGACAGCGUCGGCAAUGGAGGCCGUGUGGGGACAGCAGUCGGCGGCUAUGCCUGACAUGGUUGCGGAUGGUAAUGAGGUGACCCAUGGGUCAGCAUCCCAGCAAGGGCAGGACCCCCAGCAGCAGCAGUACUACCCUGAGGGAUAUCACCCCCAGCAGCAGCUGCUGCAGCGCGGGUCGAGCGGUGCUGCUUCCGCAGCUGAGAUGCGGAUGUUUGACAAUCCCAUGUUCAUCACUCACGAGGAGGAGGGGCACGAGAAGGAGCAUGCGCGGCCCUUGCUUGAGGCCCGCAGCAGCGGCUGCGAAGGCAUUCCGGACGCUGUGAGUGAUGUCAUGAGCGAGGCAUCCGUGAGCUCCGUUGCGGCGGGAGGAGGAGGAGGGCGGCGGGCCACGACCUCCAGCUUGCCCGAGGCUCCGUCGGGGGGGCUUCAAGCGGCGGCGGGGCAAAGAGAGUCGCUGGGGACCCCUUCUCGUUCGCGUGGGUCGAACAUACCCCGGCUGUACGACGACAGAGGGCAGCGUCAGCAGAGCAUCCGAGCAGUGGGAGGUACGGCGGCGUUUGCAGGGCCGGCACGGUGGGGCGGUAGCAGCGGCAGCCCCAGCAGCAAUGGGGGGACGCCUAUCCGGAGUAGCGGCGGCGGCGCUUGGGUAGUCGGUCGCGGCGGCGGCGGCGGGAGCGCCAGCAGCAGCGGAGGAAGCGGCGUGGGCCAGCUGGAGCAGCAGGCCACGGGUUCUCCGGGGCAGAAGGGAAACAGCGCUGUGGCGAAGCAGUACAAGAAUACGGGCAGGAAGCUGAAUAACAAGGAAUAACUGUGUAAAGUGGGCGGAUUGGAAGGAUGCACUGUGCAGGAUUAGAGCGCGACUGGGGUGAUGGCUAGGAGUGGUGCGUUUGGACUAUUUUGGCUGCUUGCUUAGUGCACAUUUUGGGUGGGUUUAAGCACUCGGACAGGGAUCUCCGGACUGCUUGCAGGAGGACAUAAAUACCGGUAGCAUGCAUGUUUUGUACAUGCGCGCAUGCACAGCUUAUUCUUCUUCAAGUGGAGUGACACAUGGCUUGGGAAGGAUGUUAUGCCUCAUAGUUUAACGCCUGCACAGGUUUCCUGCCAAGCGUGGUGCUUGGGGGGCUCUUGAUUCUGUGCCGAGUCGCAGAGGAAGCGGCUGGCCAGGAAAGCGAACAGUUUAUAGUUAUAGCAGGUUUGGCGACGGCAGGUUUGCCGCGAUUCAUAGAUGCUGCAGGGAGGGCUGAUGUUUAGGUUUCCUUUUUAGAUGGCCUGGUUACCGGUAGUAUCAUGGUUAGGGCACGGCAGCAUGCAGCAAUUGGGGAGCCCCGUUGGUGUUUUGUCCCCGUGCUGUGACGUAUGGGCCGUGCAGUGCUUUUUGCAUGUGUGUGGCUUAUGGCAUGAUAGCUUGGCGUGAGUGAGGUUUCUUUCUUCUUGGACAUCUUGCUGUUUCGUGUUGCUCCAAGCUUAUGAAGGCCCGUAUGGUUUCCCCUUCUGCCAAAACUCCUGUGGCAUGUCUUGUGAUGUUUGCGCUCAACACCUCUUGUGCGGAGUGCUAGGUGGCUCUUUCUCAAUCAGGGUAUGGAUGCUUGGGUUAAGUUUAGGUUCCGGUAUAUGGAAAAGGCAUAGUGUAAGGUCUGGGACCUAGUGCGGGCUGUAGGCUACUUAGGAACAUAGGUGGCCCAGCUUACAACGGGCAAAAACAUAGUGAUGAAGCUCGUGUGCUCGGAGCAUUGCAGUGCUGUGCUGUGUCUAUGAAUGCGUAUAGCGUACGGAACUAUGGACAUGAGGUGUUUACCUUGCCAGCCUUGACAGGUUUUAACCCCCUGUGGAGCAAGGGUUAAACCUUAAAGGAUAUGCUCACAUGUAAUUUGGGAUGCGCG